CGCUCGCGCACCCCUGGGCCUCCGCCCCAUCGCUGUCUGGAGCCGCGGGCGCUGGGCCAGCCGAGGGCGCCGAUCCGGCUGGGGACGCGCCGCUGCACCGGGGCUGCUGAGGUCCGGGGACGCGUGCUCGCUGCUCGGCCCGCUCCGGGCCAGCUGUGCAGGCGGCUGGACCAUCAGCAACGAAGACUCGAGCGCGGGCGGCGGCAGCAGCCGAGGCAACAGUGACACCAUGGAUCUGUCCUUUAUGGCCGCGCAGCUGCCCAUGAUGGGAGGAGCCUUCAUGGACUCGCCCAAUGAGGACUUCAGCACGGAGUACUCCCUCUUCAACUCCUCCCCCAACGUCCACGCGGCCUCCGGCGGCCAGGGCCAGCCCGAGGAGCCCCCGCGGUCCUCCAACGACGCAGUCUUGCUCUGGAUAGCCAUCAUAGCGACGCUGGGGAACAUCGUGGUGGUGGGGGUGGUGUACGCCUUCACCUUCUGAGGCUCCAGGACGCUCCCCCUGUGCAGGGCCCGCAGCGGGUGAGGCUUUGCGCGGGCCACCGUCGCUGUGGGCCUGUGGCUGCGCCCACGGUCCAGACCCAGGAGCUCCAGCCAUGCACACGGCCUCUCCAGGGGCAGUGACCCUGCGUCUGGAACAUCCCCACACAGCCCUAACUUAAAUCUGCCGUGCUGUGGUUGAGCCGAUCCAGAAAACAUGGGAGCAUGAGCUUCUGGCCCCUGGAGGUGGGCAGGGCAAAGCCUUCAGGCGCGAGUUAGGGAAUUCUGGAAACUGUUUUCCAAGAACAAGAGAUGGACGGAACCAGCCAGCUCGAUUCAAGAUGCCCACGUGGCUGGACGGGCGGUCGCUGGCAGUAAAUAAUCACUUCUGUGUCUUGCUUCCAUACAGACUUAUCACACCUGGUGUGUUGGGUGUCGGGGCCAGAGCCCCCGCAGAAUGUGAGUGCUCCCCGCCCAAUCUCAGACCCUUGGAAUGUUGGUGGUGGUCGCUUGAAGGGCCCUAGAAGAUUUGACUUUAAAAAAUGGCACCUUUGUCGCCAGACACCUCGGCGCCUGAUGAGACCCAAAAGCAUCAGAAAAGCCGAGAAUGGGGGGAUUACUGGUGACAUGGUGAGGUUUCCGGGGUGGUUUCCAUCUGCCGGAUGCACUUCCUCUUCUUUUUACAAAGAGAAGUUACCUUUAAAA